AGACGAUAUAAAACAACAACUUAUUUGGCAGUCUGAGCCACCCAAGGAAGGAUCACUUUUAAAUUUUCCACAAAUCGGAGAUAGGAAUGUAUCAAUGAAUAUAUUUACAUUAAUUCAAAGCUUUACCAAAGAAAUUCCUUCUACAUAUCCUCAAUAUGUGAUUUUCAAAUUAAUAGUCCAGACAUUAAAUGAACGACCGUGGUUAUCUGAAGAAUUAUAUUGUCAGUUAACUAAACAAACACUAAAAAUUGAUGCAAACACUCUUGACAGUUGUGAACUAACUUGGUUAUUAUGGAAAUUACUGUCGAUCUUCAUUCCAACUACAGAUUUGCUCAGACCAUAUUUAAUUAAGUAUAUUGCAUUUAGAAAUGAUAUUCAACAGCCAAAAUUAAAAG